UUUGUUCAUAAUUCUGAUUCUCACCAGAACCUAAGCCAAAUCAUCACGAGCAAACAUGGUUGUGUGGACAGAUGAAGAGCGCGCAGCCAUCUCCGACAUCUUCUCCAAGCUAGACUAUGACGACGUUGGCCCAAAGUGCCUGUCAAGGUGUCUGAUCGUUUACCCCUGGACCCAGAGGUACUUCGGGGCCUUCGGCAACCUGUACAACGCAGAGGCCAUCAUGAACAAUCCUCUGAUCGCUAAGCACGGCACCACGGUGCUGCGCGGUCUGGAAAGAGCUCUGAAGAACAUGGACGACAUAAAGAACACAUACGCCGAGCUGAGCAUUCUGCACUCCGAGAAACUGCGCGUGGAUCCCGACAACUUCAAGCUGUUGUCUGACUGUCUGACCAUCGUCAUCGCUGCGAAGAUGGGCACCGCCUUCACCCCCGAGUAUCAGGCAUCCUUCCAGAAGUUCUUGUCCGUGGUGGUGUCCGCUCUGGGCAGGCAGUACCACUAGAGUCAGUCCUCUAUACCUGACAGAGGAGACAUGUGUUUCACCCCUCAAUUAAAAAUAAAAGAAGCAUAGAAGCA